UCCAGACCCCUUUCCUGUAUUUCUUUUUGCUUCUUCCUCUCCUCUUUCUCCCCGUGUUAUAUCUCUAUUCUCUAAAAGGCGACCACUUUCGCUGUUUCUCUCUAAUCUGUUGUUGCGGCUGAGAACUGACCCAGUUCCAUAAAGAUUGGUGCCAUUUGAUUUCACUCCCGUGAAUGUGCUUUUGUUGCAAGCCUUAAUGAGAUAUACAGUGUGCUGGUCUUGGAGGCUGAAGCUCUCAUGUUAAGGUACGAUUCGGUAGAGAAGCUAAUUCAGGACUUGGCUGUUUUGGUAGCUGUUCAGAAGCUGGAGAGACAUGGAUCACAUAGGUGACAAAGACAAGUUUGCGGUAGAGAAGAACAGUAGUGUUAAUAAUGUAAGCUGUGAUUCGGUUAACAAGCCAGCAGACUGGCGAGUCUGUGUUUCUAAUCCAGUGUCUUUGCCUACGGAUUCAUAUCCUCCAGGGGAUCCUAUGUCUGUUGGUCCAUCAUCUUUUUCUCAAUCUCAGAUGAUGAAUUCAUUUAGUAAAGCUCUAUGGCAUGAUCCCUCCAGUGUACAGACCACAGGGUUUGGCAGUUUCAGUGUCCAGACUGAUGCAGGUUCUUCGGGUGUAUUGGGUGUUGCAGAUGGCAAUCUUGGCUCUUUCAGGAAUAAUGUUGAUAGACCUCUUGAAACGGGUUGGAAUCUUUCUAAUCCGUUGCCUAAUGGAGACAUUCUUCUUCUGCCUAAUGCAAAUGGGUUCUUCCCCCAUAGCAUGGCUCAGAUCCCAGCUGAUUCGGGCUUCAUUACUCGUGCUGCAAGGUUUUCGUGCUACGGUAGUGGGAUUUUUGGUGAAAUGUUGAACCAACCUCUUGGAGUUCCUGAACCAAUUGGUUUGUAUUCUCAAGUGUGUGGAACAAUGCAACGGCUGCAGGAUAUGCCAGUGGGAACUGUAGCCAAACAAGCUCAUGGAGGACAAUGCUCGGGGAAUGAACUAAAUGUCGGUGAACUUCCAAAGGAUGCUUCUACGGCAGUAAGAGAUGGGUUCAAGAAUGAUGCAGGAACUGUGAUCCAUGUUGGAGCCAACGAAGAAGUUAAAGUAGAUAAACCUGGAUGCAGUCAUAUGUCUGAUGAAACUCGAUCCAGUGGUGGUAAUGGUCGAAAUGAACUGCAAGUUGGGGAAUUGAAAUCUGGGGAAACCCCUUCCAAGUGCUUUGAUAGGAAGAAAAGGAAAAUAAAUAGCCAGGGUUAUGAGCCUAACCAGUCAAGCAGAGCUCUGCAGUCAGGUGAAGAACCAGACAACAAUGGUGAGAAAAAGGAAAAUUAUGAGCGAAAUACCAAUUUGUCUCCUAAGAAGACAAGUGGAGGGAAACAAGCUUCUGAUCCUCCAAAGGAAGGAUAUAUUCACAUGAGGGCUCGAAGAGGCCAGGCCACAAACAGCCAUAGUCUUGCAGAAAGAGUAAGGAGAGAAAAGAUUAGUGAAAGGAUGAAGUUCCUUCAAGACCUUGUGCCGGGUUGCAAUAAGGUCACAGGGAAGGCAGUUAUGCUCGAUGAAAUCAUUAACUAUGUCCAGUCACUACAACGACAGGUCGAGUUCUUAUCAAUGAAACUCGCAACCGUAAAUCCUCAGCUUGAGUUAAACCUCGAUGGCCUCAUGGCUAAAGAAGCCCUUCAGCUACGACCUGGUCCCUCAUCUGCACCACCAUUUCCCCAAAGCAUCAUGCCAAUGGCUUAUCCUCCUCUACCGCAUCUUUCCCAACCUGGAUUCAUGGAACCGACUCUCUCUUGCAUGAGAAAUCCAUCUGAUGUCCUUAGGCAAACUGUCACUUCCCCAUUGUCUCCCAUGAAUGAAGGAGGAUUCAAGCGACCGGAAACACAGGGAUGGGAGUGUGAUCUGCAGAAUGUUGUUCACGUGUGCUAUGGAACCGAUGCUACACCUGAAAAUCAAGAAGCAACUGGGUCUCUUCCACCUGCUGACAUGAAGGUUGAGCAGUGACGUUUCGUCCCUCGUUAUCGUUUGCCCCAAGUGGUAAUUAUAUGUCGUUGGUUAUACCAACACAAGCAGAGCAAUUGAAAUACUGCGUCGGCUUGUCUAAAACAUCCAGAUUCCAACCAGAAUGUGGAAAAUGGAAAAGGAAAGAAGAUUGGAUCUUGUUUCUGUAAUCUGUACAGCUGGGGAAGACUCAUCUGAUUACCCUUCACUCUGGUUGAUUCCAAGUGGGAGAAAGAGAUAGAAGUGAAAGUCCUUUUUAUAAUGGAGAGGGAGAUUUGGGGUGUUGGAAAGAUCUGUGCUUUCACUAUGUUCUUGUUUUGUGUAUAGAUAGGUGGAUAUAGAAGUGAAAAUAUUUGAUGUAAUUUCUCUAUGAUCAACAUGAACAUGAUUUACCUUAGGUUUUUAUAGAAGAGGAGAUGCCCUUUAUUCACA